CGAAGAAGAAGACGUGACGUUUCACUUCCGCAACAACCCGACGGAACAACAACAUGGAGGCGACGGCUGAAGUUCAGCAGGAAAACGGGUUCCAUGAUGAAACCGGGUCCGCUAAAAUGCACGAGCGUCUUCAGAAACGGCAUCAGGCGAGGGUCGAGGACGCGGAGCGCAGGAAGGAAGCUAAAGACAGCCAGUCCGUGGCCGAGGAGAAGGGGGAGUACUUCUCCAGCGCUUUCAACAGGGAGCGGUUGUCCAUCGAGGAGCUUCUGUCCAGCUGCCCCGGAGCAGAGCGAGCAGCGGUGGCCCAGCGGCUGGAGGAGGCCACGGCCAGAACGGGGCAGCUCCAGAAGUUUCUCAACGACAGCGUGCUGUUUCUAACGCAGUACGAGCUGAGACAAGCCCAGCAAGCUCUGCAGAAGCUCCAAGCCUCGCUGGCUGAAGCGAGAGAAGAGGCUCUGCCCAAGAAAAAGUUUGCGUUCCGGACCCGAACCAAAGCAGCAGACAAAGCAGCAGCACCGGCACCAGGCCUGGUACCAGACCUGGUGUCAUCUGACGCCGGUGAACACGCAGGUUCUGUUCAAGUGGACGGCGCUGCGGUCUCUGAGCAGUGUGGCUUCUCCAACAUGCACGGCCAGGUUCUGACCAAAACAUCGGAUGAGAUCCAGAAACGAGACGUGCUGUUGACUCACCUCACCCACUGCAAGGUCCGGCUGCUCGGUUCCCCCAGCACGCUGCACCUGAAGCACAUCGACGGCUGUGAGAUCCUGUGCGGCCCCGUGUCCAGCUCUGUGUUCGUUGAUCAUUGCAGGGACAGUACGCUGGCCUUCCCCUGUCAGCAGCUGCGGACCCACAACACCACGGACACGCAGGUGUACCUGCACGUCACCAGCCGGGCCAUCAUAGAGGACUGUCAUGGAGUGGGCCUGGCCCCGUUCUCCUGGUCCUAUCCGCAGCUGGAGGAGGACUUCACCGUGUCAGGCCUAGACCGGGACAGGAACAACUGGAGUCAGGUGGAUGAUUUCAACUGGCUGGCAGCUGGAACCGCGUCCCCCAACUGGAGCGUCAUCCCAGAAGUAGACAGGAAAACCAGCUGGGACCCCUAGAAAUACACAUUGUGCCCAAAUGAACUGUUUAAACCAGAACACAGUAACUAAACUGCUUAAAUAAAUACCUAUAGUAAGACAGUGUGA